AUGUUGAAAUUCCUCAUCCUUGCCACUUUGGUUGCUUAUGCCGCCGCUGCUGCCACUGCCACCGGCGAUGAUAUCCAUGCCGAGGUAAAGAGCAUGAAAUCUGAUGUUCGUGCCGACGGAUUUGAAUACAACUUGGAAACAUCCAAUUAUAUUCGCGAAGAAGCUGCCGGUGAUGAACAUGGCAAUAUGCAUGGCUCCUAUGAAUAUUUGACUCCUGAUGGACAACAUGUUAAGGUGACCUAUACUGCCGAUGAAAAUGGUUAUCAUCCCGAAGGUGAAUGGAUUCCCACACCACCACCAAUUCCAGAUUAUAUCUUGAAGGCCAUUGAAUACAUAAAGGCUCAUCCUUCCAAGGAAGAACAUUAA